UAAAUGACGUCAGAGUUGUUAGUAUUUUCCUCGACCAACUGACAUGAAUUAUAAUUGCAUUUUUGCGUGCAUUAAUUAUUUUAAAAACUGGAACAUUUCUGUAAAUGUAUUUUAGUCACUUUGAGGAGAUGUAGUUGUACCACUUUAAAGCUAGCACUGUCGGAAAGGAGCCAACAAGGUGAACACUGUCGUUUGCCGAUAGUUUGCCUGCUAGCAAUCGAGCAAGCUGACAGCGAAGGAGUUCUGUUUCGGUGUCAACAAUGAACAAUACAGAUGCGAGAUGGGAUACUGCUGCGGGGAAACGGAGUGCUGUACCUACUACUACGAACUGUGGUGGUUCUGGCUGGUGUGGACACUUAUCAUCAUGCUCAGCUGCUGCUGUGCAUACCGUCACCGUCGCGUGAAGAUGCGGCUCCAGCAGGAGCAGCGUCAGCGUGAGAUCAGCCUCAUGGCCUACCAGGGGGCCUCCAGCUCCUUUGUGUCCCCACCUCCCCUAAAUCUGCGCUUCUGGAACGACUGCAAACUGCCAGAUUAUGAGGAGGUGGUUGGCCAUCCUCCAACGCCCCCUCCACCUUACUCAGAGAUGCCCCCAGAGGUCUCCCCGCCUGGCCAGGCCUCCGCUUCUGCCUCCGCUGCCAUCGUGUUGGAGCCCCUCAUGGAGCAAGAGGCCGCACUCUCCAGAGACGAGCAGCACUCUGCAGCAGCAGCAGCAGCCUCCCCGGCCUGCCUCUCCAGCCACCAGCAACACAGGAUGGUGGCGGUGGCGGCGGCAGCAGCGGAGGAGGAAGACGAGGGGCCUGGAGACCUGCCGGAGGAUGAAGAGGAGCUGGGGACAAGGCGGAGACAUGUGACGGGCGACUCAGGGAUCGAGGUGUGCAUUUGCCAGAUGGACGUCGACGAAGAGUACGACGGCGAGAACAACCGCGACCGCGAGGAGAGGGCCGAGCGUGAACAGCUGUGCCAGGGAGGCGCCAGGGGCGAGUGCUGCACCGAGAGAGAGCGGGAGGUCGCCGUGCGUCACAAGGACCACAGCCCUGAGCCCCAGACCCAACCGGCCAGCACCGGAGACCGACUGGUCUGAGACAGUGGCCCCUCGGCUGCACCCACUCGCCAUACGCGCAUUGAAAGAGGACUGUGCUUGGCCACUACAGUCGUCGUCAUUGAUGUUGCCGUCAGGCAAAAGCCUGAUGUUAACGUCAAAGCUGCCUUCCCUAAUGGUCUUUAUUCCUCAAGUCCCUCCAUUACAAUUAAGCUACAUGUCAGCUUUAUGUAUGUACAAUGGUUAAGGUGGUAGAUGCUGAUGAUGGAACUGAUAUUUUUGAAGUUGCUUAAUGCACGGUUUAGGGUUAAAGUUGUUCAUUCCGGUGGAUGGCUUAUUUUGUUCUUUUUUUUUUAGUUUGUUUUCUUUGUAUUUUUGGCAUGGAUGAAUGAACAGGUUGUUAAUUUCUAGUGUGUGUAAGGCUGGAACUGAAAGGUCACAAGGAAACAGCUGCUAAGUCACAAAGUGGCUGACGGCGGGAGCUUUUUAAAGCGCUGUUCUCUCUCUCUCUCUCGUCGCCCCCUGCCCCCCCCCCCACGCAACCAUGGCACACGUGUAGCCCCCGGCGUGGCGUUCCCAUUCAUCCCCCUCUGGCAUGUAAAUACCACUCGGCCCUCCCAUGUGACGCCCAACAGCCCAGGACUUCCAAGUCCAGCAGCGGCCCCUUAAGCACAUGGCCGCAUUAGAAGACUACGUUUCCCAACAGUCCCCUGGGUGGACCCUUGCUUGUCAUGAUUUGUAUAUAAUAUAAUUUUUCUUUUUCUUUCUCUACCUUAGUGGGUCUGGUUGUUAAAAAAAAAAAAAAAAUCAAGCUACUGUGCCUUCUAUAUGGCCUUUCAGUCAAUCUUCGAUCAGUAGUCGGGGGACAUAGGAGGAGAACUUAAUCCAUUUUCUCCCUUCACGUUUGACUUCGUUGGUGUGCUCUGUGACAUUAUCCCCAGUGCUGGGCCUGCUAGUUGCGGUCUAAAAAAAGCCUGUGUUAGUGUUUGUGCACACUAGCUGGUUAUCAAUGACGUCAUCGUGCCCACCACAAAUGGGGGAGUGUGUGUGCGAUG